AUGGCUUCCAAUCCUAUCCUGCCCAAGAAGGGCGAGCGGAAUAUCCUCAUUACUAGCGCAUUGCCAUAUGUGAACAAUGUGCCCCAUCUCGGCAACGUGAUCGGCUCCGUGUUGAGUGCUGAUGUCUUCUCGAGAUACCACAAGGCCUGUGGCCGGUCAACACUAUACAUCUGUGGAACGGACGAGUAUGGUACCGCAACUGAGACCAAGGCCCUGGAGGAGAAGAUGAGCCCGGAGGAGCUUUGCGCAAAAUACAACAAGAUCCACCAGGAAGUUUACAAAUGGUUCGAUAUUGGAUUCGACCACUUUGGUCGUACCCCUACUUCAAAACACACCGAGAUCUCUCAGGCUAUCUUCAACCGACUCCAAGAUAAUGGAUUCCUCGCGGAGCGCACCGCCGAGCAGCCCUUCUGUGAACAGCACGGCUCGUUCCUGGCUGACCGAUAUGUCGAGGGUGAGUGCCCUCGCUGCCACUACGACGAUGCGCGCGGAGACCAGUGCGACAAGUGUGGUCAUCUCCUCGAUCCCUUCGACCUCAUCAAGCCGCGCUGCAAGCUUGACGGAGCUACCCCCGUGCGCCGUGAGACAAAACACAUUCACCUGCUUCUGGACAAGCUCCAGCCCGAGGUUGAGAAGUGGGCCAAUGAGUCAAUUGCUAAGGGUGAAUGGCCCAAGAACUCCCGUAUUAUUACCGAGUCAUGGUUGAAGGAGGGACUGAAGGACCGUGGUAUUACUCGUGAUCUCAAGUGGGGUGUUCCCGUCCCGCUGGAUCGAUUCGAGAACAAGGAGGACUUCAUGAACAAGGUGCUUUACGUGUGGUUUGAGGCUUGUAUCGGAUACCCCUCCAUCACAGCCAACUACACCCAGGACUGGGAGCUUUGGUGGCGCAACCCCGAGGAGGUGCAACUGUACCAGUUCCUGGGUAAGGACAAUGUGCCUUUCCACAGUGUCAUCUUCCCCGCUACCCAGCUGGGUACCCGUGAUGUCUGGACCAUGAACCACCACCUCAGUGCUACCGAGUACCUUCAAUAUGAGGGUGGCAAGUUUAGCAAGUCCCGAGGAAUUGGUGUCUUCGGCACCAACGCUAGAGAGACCGGUGUGCCCCCUGAUGUCUGGCGUUACUACCUGCUUAAGAACCGUCCUGAGACUGGCGACACAUUCUUCGAAUGGCGCUCAUUCGUGGACGCCAACAACAGCGAGCUGCUCGCCAAGCUGGGUAACCUCGUCAACCGAGUUGUCAAACUCGUCGCUGCCUCUUACGGUUCCGUUAUUCCUGAGUUCACCAUCCCCGAGAGCUUCAACCCCUUCUUGGAGGAGGUUACUGGCUCUCUGCGCCAGUACAUUGAAGAGAUGGAGGGAGUUCACCUCCGCGCUGGUGUUUCCACCGCCAUGCGUAUCGCCGAAGCUGGUAACGGUCUGAUCCAGGCUAACCGUCUGGACAACGCUCUGAUCGCCAACGAGCCCGAGCGUGCUGCCGCCGUCGUCGGAGCCGUUCUGAACCUGAUUCACCUCCUCUCUGCUGUCUUCUCUCCUUACAUGCCCGCCACUUCCAGGUCAAUCCUCGAGCAGCUGAAUGUCCCUGCUCUGUUGAUUCCUUCCCUUGAGAGCCUCAAGGAUGGAUGGAAGCCCGAGAGCAUCAAGGCCGGACACAAGAUCGGCAAGGCCGCAUACCUCUUCUCGCGUAUCGACCCCAAGAAGGCCGAUGAGUGGCGUGAGCUGUUUGGUGGUUCUCAAGCUGAGCGCGCCAAGAAGGCCGAGGAGGCCGCUAAGAUUGCUGCCAAGAAGGCUGCCAACAAGGCUAAGAAGAAGGAGAAGAAGGCUAAGGCCCCUGGUGGUGUCGAGGCUACCGCCAAGGGUGGUGCUGAGAGCCCUAGCGUUACUGCUGAGGGAUCUCAGGAUGAGGCCGUGCAGAAGAUCGCCGAUGGAGUUGCGCAGGUUACUCUUCCUACAUCGUAG